AUGUCAUUAAGAACAUUAACCAGAGCCAAACCAAAUUUCAAAAUCUUUCAAAAACCUGAAUUUAGGACUUUUCAAACAAUCCUAGACUUUAAGAAUAAUCCCAACUCCAUUAAUGAAGUUAUAACAAGAUCAGACAAGGAAAUAGGUGGGUUUUCCAUCUGUAAAUUUGUGGUAGACCCCAAAUUGAAGUAUGGAACUUUUAAAGGUUAUUUAAAUCUUGAUUUACCUCAAGAUAACCCAACAGUAACAAGAAGCGGUUAUGCAAUGUUCAGAACAAAAGAUCAAAAGGAAAGUUGGAUAACUGGUGAAAGUUACUGGGAUUGGACUUCUUAUGAUAAUCUAGUAUUGAGAGUUAGAGGUGAUGCUAGAAAAUAUUUAGUUAAUGUCCAAGCAAACACUCCACUAAUCACUGAUUUGUUUCAACACAGAUUAUAUUUGAAUACUCCAGGUAAUUGGGAGACUAUCGUAAUACCAUUGAGUGACUUUGUAAUGACAAAUUGGGGAAUCGUUCAAAAUAUUGAAAUGGAUAGAUCAGAGAUUAAAACAGUUGGAAUUGGAUUGGUAGAUAAACUGUAUGGACCUUUCAAAUUGGAUAUUGACUGGAUCAAGGUAAUGACAGAUGAAGAGUUGUAUAGUUAUAAUACAUAA